CACACCAACAGGCCAACACCAAACGCAAACCUCCCAACAACCACCCAGCAUGCGUGUGUCGCUGAAGACGUUGAGCCAGGUGGCGUCAGCGGGCCUGGUGUUUGUCAGCGCGAGCACGUUUGGGUUUUACAAGUUCACCCAGCAGCAAGUGUCGAGCGCAGAGUACUACUCUAUGGCUGUGAACGCGGCACGCGAGCAUGGGCCCAGCAUGGCUGCGCUGGGCCAGGAUUUGAAACCAGGAUCUGUGGACUUGUUUGACGGCUUCACAACAGUGCACACCACACAAGCCAAGAUUCGCAUUCCUGUCAAAGGAAAAACCACAGAGGAAGGAACAUUGGAAGUGUUUGCGCGACGGACCAACGAUGAAGCACCGUGGGAGCUGUCGAAGGUGACGCUUGAAACAACCUGGCCCACCAUGACGACAAUCAACGUCUUGCCUUGAUUCGAUUGAACUGUGUGUGUGUGUUUCCUUGUGUGGUGUCGCGUGUGUGACAUGAUGUGGUUGCUGCCACUGCUCUGCUCGGUGAUUUUGGUUUCAUUUUGUUCCUUUUCGUUAGGUUCGUCGCAUGCGUCUUUGCACAGUGCAGUCGUUACAUGACAUGCCAUGCCAUGCCAUGACUUGACAACUUUUCCCGAUUUGCGUGUGUAUGAGAGAGAGAGAGUGAGAGUGUGUGUGUUUGUGUGCGUGUGCGUGAGUGUUAGUUUGAGAGCGAGACAGAGAGAGUGUGUGUGUGUUUGUGUGCGUGUGUUGUCCGCUGUCUGUUGGGCAACAUGUGGUUGUAGACAAUUCAUAAAAGAUUUCAACAAC